CGCGGCUGGAAACCAUAGCCACGCUCUGUACACAGAACGGGGAGCGGAGGAGUGCGCUUUCUCCUCGCUUCCUCCAUUGCAGAAUGCUGGCCGUGGCCGUGCCCGUGCUGUAUGUGGUGCUGGCCGAGAUGUGUCCGGGUCUGAACGCGGACAAUUCCCUGCCCUUUGUCCAGCCCCAGUCCUGCGCCAGCUCCCACUUCUACGACGUCUCAGCCUUGCGGUGUUCGCCGUGCGGAGCGUCUCUCCGGCGAAGCGCUGAUGGACUCCGCUGUAUCUGUAAGGAUGGUUAUGCCAUGAUCAACACUGGAUCACCUUUAGCACAGUGCAUUCCAUGCAGCCAAGAUAAUCAAGUUGUGUCGGCGGACAGGAGGUUCUGUUUGACGUGCACAGACUGUAAGCAAUGUGGAGACUCACAGGUCCAAGCAGAGAAUUUGGCUUUGAGGACAACAAAGUGUCAAACCUGUACCAACCAGACUGUACCAAAUGCUUCGGGUAACAUGUGUGUCCCCUGCCAGGAAACUUUCAUUUUGACUACCAAGAGCUGCACUUGUCCGCCUAACAACUUGAGAGGAGGACUUUGCUUUGAAAACACAAGAAUGCCGGCCACUUCUGCACCAUUUCCAGAUUCCAUUUGGUAUGAAAUGCACCUUCAAGCAAGCUACCUGGCAUGUGCAAAUGUGCGAUACAGUAACCAGACAGCAUGCCAGCUUCUCACUAACCUGGUGGUGCUUGAUGUGACUGGCUUGGUCAGUGGUGAGGCCCUCGUUCUGUACCGAAGCAUACCUGCCACGACUAGCUAUCUCCCGAAACUCUUCUAUGUGGACUCAAAUAUAGCCGCACCCCUGGGUCAAACAGCCCCCAAAGGGCUCUCUUUCCAGAAAGAUUCCCAGAUCACCUUAAAAAUUGUGAAAUAUGAUGCUCAUGGACAUUUUCUUGGUUGGGAAGAUGUCAGAGGAGGCACUUUACAGCUAUGCCCCAACACACAGACAUUGUUGGAUGCAGCAUACAAAUUUGGGUCUUUCUUCGUCCAGUCGUGUACAAUACGAAUCUCGGACCUUCUGCGCCGAUUCCCGGAGCCAGUGCUUUAUGAACUCUUUCUCCACUACGCCGAUAACCAAGAGCAGCCAAAAGUCUGGCCCAUCCCAGUGCGCAGUCUGAAUCUGGACAGGAAUGGUUUGGGAGCUGGAGCAGUAAGGAGGUUCUUUUUGGUUGAUGGGCUGACAGGGAGAAGGGGUAGUCUCAGUAACCCACCGAGCUCAGUCACCUAUGCUGAAGACCUCGUUCUAAGGACCUACCUGCCGAUUAACAACCCAACCAGUGAGCCGCCAUUUUUACUGACUGUACGAUAUGCUCAAACACAAGAUCUUCAAGCACAGACACAGCUGACGUUUGCUGUUCAGUAUGAAAUGAACCAGGCUGCACACAAGAGAGACACAGAUAUCGCUCUGGGCGUGCUAGGUUCUUUGGCUGUUUUCACUGCCAUGCUGGAGACGAGCAGCUGGAGGCGGAGGAGUGGACUGGAGUUCAUUGACGUUGUGACUAUUGUGAAGUAUUUUGCCUACUUUGCUGGAGCCCUGUCGAACACCUUCUUCCUUGUCACCUAUGGUACAGGUGUCUACUGGCUUAUUGUGUACAAGGGCCAGCAGACCACAGUUGAGGUUACACUGCCAUCUGCUGGUAGUGAGAUUGAAACUGGCUUCAUCAUCUAUGUGUCCUGUGCUUUUGCACUGAAGGCACUGCAGCUAAUUCACAUCCUCAUGAUUCAAAUGACUGUGUCAAUCUUCCUGAUAGACUGGGAGAAGCCCAAGGGUAGACAAUUGCCUACAUCAGCAGAAAGCAAACCGAGCCCCUCAUCAGUCAGUAUCUGGCGCACGUACUUCAUAGCUAACGAGUGGAACGAGAUUCAGACGAAGAGGAAAACUAAUCCAAUCCUGCAACUUGUUCUUGUUCUCCUACUGCUGGAGGUUAUUGGCUUAAAGAACAUCGCCAGAAGAGAUCUGAAUUUGAAUCUACACCCUGGUCCGGAUGUUGAUUUGGCACCCUGGAGCCCAAUUCUCCGAUACGGGAUAUCAAUGUCAAUGUGGCUAACAGUCAGCUUGGCUCAGGCACUCUUCUUCAUUGGGAUCUAUGAACGCUUUGUUGAAGACAAGAUAAGGCAAUUCGUAGACUUGUGCUCCUUAAGCAAUGUAUCGGUUUUGGUCUUGCUGCAUAGGUGUUACGGUUUCUACAUCCAUGGACGAUCAGUGCACGGUCAAGCUGACAUUAAUAUGGAGACAAUGUAUCUCAACCUUAAGAAAGAAGAGGAUAAUCUUUGUGCGAUGAGAGGCCUUGAGCCCAACAUGGAGAUCCAGACCUUUGAAGUCCUAAUUUCUAGCAAGGUCAGACAACAAUAUGACAGGAUACUAUCACCAUUGAAUGAGGUGGCGAGGAGGAGUCAUGCCAGGCCUCUGGAUUCCCCCACUCUGCAGCGGAACCUGAAGGCAUACUUCACAAUGAACAAGUUCCUUUCAUCCUUUCUGGAACAUGCUUACAAAGACAUGGACUAUGUUGUGAAGGAAAAACUCUUUCUGGAACGCAUCUUGGACUUUGAGUUUCAGCGAUCAGACGACAGAAGUUUCUUCUAUAAUGAUGAGCGGAUGCUCUUCAGCAAUGCCCUUUAUUAUGGCCACGAGUUGGUGCUGCUGCUUUUCGAUGCUCUGCUCUUCUCCGUCGUGGAUCUGGGGACCCAGGACUUUGUUCUGGCCGCCAUCAUCACUUACUUCGUACAGAAGGUUCUGGAAACAGUAAGAGAAGCGAUUUCAAGGAGGAAUUUGGCUACAAAGACACUGGUUGAUGAAAGGUUUCUCAUCUAGAAUUCCUCAGACAUUAGCCACUGUGUGGAUGGGACCAGUUCAAUUCUUACCACUCUCGCACAAGAGUAAUUAUUUCAUGUACCCGGUCCAAUGUUUGUUACCAAAGGACAGUUGAUAGUGAAGCCACAGCAGAAAAAAAAGAUGCCUCGCAGAUGGGAACAGCACAGAUAUGGAUGAGAUGCAGCCAAGCAAAAAAGGAAAAUUAAGAGCAGGCAGAUUGCUGAUUGAAGUGGUGAAUGGUGUUUCAUAUCUGCUUGUGUUUCCUUGAUUUAAAAACGGCACAGAAUUUCCAACAGUCCGUUGAAGGUGGUCUUCGAGAGGGCCAACUUCUUUGCAAAGGUUUCUCAUCACGCAGGGAUUUUGUUUAAGUCUCUGAAUGAUCUCCUCUGUUGAUGAUCGGGUGCCAACAGUUUCACAAUACAAUUCAUGUGUGUUGCUCAAUAUUUCCAGCAUCUGCAGAAUCUCAGUCUUUGAUAUGUUGAUCUACUGCAGUCACCUGAUGUAAGGUCUUGUCCCGAAAUGUCGACUGUUUUAUUUUCUUCCAUAGAGCAUUUAUUUGUGUGUUCUUCACAAUGGAAUCACAAUUUGAGGCAUUAGUGCCUCUGGAUAGAAUGAGAGGAGGUGCGGGGCAGGUGGGGGACAAUCACCAGCUGAAGUUGGACUCAUUGUUUGACAUUAUGUCUCAUGAUCCUCUCCCUCAUACCUGCAACUCCCGUCAGUAAAUCCAUUACCCAUAGACACUGGGCUUCCCAUUGACAAUUGGUGAUAUAGACUUCUUAUUAACCAGUUGCCCAAGAGCAGGGGUGGCAAACCUAUGGUACGUGUGCCCAAGAUGGAGCACGCAAAAAAAUUUGUUGGUGGUCUUUAUGCAGUGCCACCCUUGAUUCCUUAAAUCCCACCCAUAUAAAAAAUUCAUAAUAAUUAUCUUUACUGCAAAUUAAUUUUUAUGAACUAAGAGCAGUGAGAUGUUUUCCUGGAAAAUGUCCAUGCCAGCUUGGCACCAGCUGGACAGUUGGGAGAACAGGCAGCAUUGGAUGAUAUGUUUUGAAAUCCUCACAGACCUGGUGUACAAAUCAGUAUUUGAAUAAUAAAUAGUUACAUUAACAAUACUAUUUAGAAUUGAGGAUAUUUUCCUAUUUUCUUCUUAAAAGAUUAAUAUUAAAACAAUGUUAAUAUUAAAAGAUUAAUAUUAAUUUAAUAAUGUUUGAACAGGUUUUCUAAAAUGCUUUAUUUCUAUGUCUCUGUUAUACUUUUAUUAAUGGUAAAUCAAUGAAUACACAUAAAUAAGCAACAAGAUUCAUUCUUUUCAUUUAAAAUAAAUCCAGAAUUAUUGAUACUAAUUCAUUAAUCAAUGAUAAUCUCUGCUCAAAAUUACCACUGUGGCAUGUGAGAGAAUUUUUGAGAUUCGCCAACUUUUGAGUGUACACUGUCAAAAAGGUUUGCCACCCCUGAUCAGCAUUAUUUCAAUGGACCAAAUAAUCUCUAAUGUGUCAUUUAGAUUCUAAAGAGAAGAGAUUCCUUCCGACUUGGUUGGAUUAGCCUCCAUAGUAAGUGACAUGGCCACUUCUCCCCCAAUAUUUUUAUCAAGUUAAGUAAAAAUAAAAUGUAAUUUAUUUAAUGUUCUUUUAAUUUUCCUCACUCUGUCAAUCCUUGGAGAUUACUCUUUAGUUCCUGCAAGAUUUGGGCAGUCUUGGAGUGUUAACCGUGUUGGAU